CGCGGGAGCAAAUUCGAACGGCGUCAGUCAGUGUCUGAAGUCGAUCGGAGUCCUUUCACGGUGGGAUAUUUCUUUUUCCUCGCCGCUCUCUCCUGACUGAGGCUCUUUACUCAGAUUAUGGCAGCUGUUACUCCAAGAAAAAGAAAACGCUGUUAUAAUAGUUUACAGCUGGUAAAUGAGACUCCAGAGAAAAGGUUGAGGAUAGAAAUUACUGCAGAAGCAUCUCCAACCAAAAAACCUUCUAGUUUCCAAGAUAAAAAAAACCAGAACUUGCUUGAACAGUCAACCAGCUUGGAGGAACUUAAUACUUCACCAUUGCAGACAGCAGAUGCACCAAAUAUAAAAUCAAAUGCAUUCCCACAGAGAACAUCUCCACUGUCUGGCACUACAUAUAAUUCCAUUGUGACAAUCAAUUCCUUUUACAGUAAAGUAAAUACAUUUCAGAGUAUUCUGGAAAGAAAACAAGCAAAGGAAUGUCAUAUAAAUCCCAGAAAUGAUUAUGCAAAUUUACCUAUUGCUAACAAGACAGAAGUGGUACGAGCCAAGAUUCAAUGUCUUAAAACUUCCAAACGCUCAGCUGUUUCCAAGCAGGCUAAGACCUUAUCAAGAAAUACCAAAAAAGCUAAAAUAGAAAUGGCUAUACCUAAGCCUAAGGGGAAAGAGAAUAAAAAUUAUGCUGUAGAAAAGAAAAUAGAAGGUCCUUCUAAAGUUCUAACCAUGAAGUUCAAACCUAUGUUAAAACUCCAGACAGGGGCAGCAUUUUUUGCCACUGGGAAGAGGGGGAACUAUGACUCUAAGAAGGUGUUUUCACCACGAAGAUCUCUCCAAUUUAUUAACAAUACCACAGAAAGCAAGAAGCAGGACAAUCUUCUCACAAAUACCAAAAUGCGCUUAUCUUCUGAAAGCAAAGCAGCUAAAACUGGCAGGAAAGAAAACCAAGCAGACGUAUCCCCAAAAGAAAAUCUUGAUAUUGAGGAUAAGAAGACAUGUAAUAAAAAUCACAUUAAGGGCCCUUUGGGUGAAGUGAAAUCAUUACCAAAUUCUAGGCUUCUUCAAAUUCCUCACUCUGGUUCUUUGGAAUCCCCAGCUCAGAAAGAAACUGAUGCUGUGAAAGAGGUUUUGGAAGAAAACUCAAAGAAACCAUCUGACAGUACAAACAAAUAUAAGGUUACCUCUUCCAACAAUGUCCAUUCUUUGCUCAGAGCAUUUUCCAGCAACAAAGAAAGCCUACAGAUUCUUCCAGAUAAACAACCUUCAUCACAUGUAGACUUGAGUCCAGUAAGGCAGAAGUCUCCCGCCAAACUAAAAAUCAACAAGAAGACAAAAGUACUGGCCAAAGGCUUGAAGGAUCAAAUGAUCAUUGACGCUGGUCAAAAACAUAUUGGUGCCACCAUCUGCAAAUCAUGCGGCAUGGUUUAUUCAGUUGCCAAUCCAGAGGAUGAAGCACAUCAUGUCCAGUAUCAUCAAAGAUUUAUUGAGGGAAUAAAAUACACAAGCUGGAAGAAUGAGCAUGUAGUUGCAGAAUUCUGGGAUGGGAAAAUUAUCUUGAUUCUACAGAAUGAUCCAAAAUAUGUCAUCAAAAAGGCUGAUGAUAUAUGCAAACUUGUAGAUAAUGAACUUGGUUUUAAACAUGUGGUACAGAUUGAUCCAUCACAGACUAAAACAUACUUGUUUGUAUCCAAUGAAAAAAAGAUAAUUGGCUGCUUAAUUGCUGAGCCAGUCAGACAGGCUUUCCGAGUGCUUUCAGAGCCCAUACCAGUGGAGUCCCCUACUAAAAAUAGCCUAGAGCAUCAGCGUGCCUGGUGUUGCUCAACAAAGCCAGAAAAUGUCUACUGCGGGAUUAGCCGAAUCUGGGUGUUCAGCCUGAUGCGGAGGAAGCGCAUUGCCAGCCGUUUGGUGGAUGUGAUGAGGCAAACUUUUUUAUUUGGCUGUUCCCUAAGCAUCAAUGAAAUCGCCUUUUCAGAUCCAACACCAGAUGGAAAGCUAUUUGCAGCAAAAUAUUGCAAAGUACCCAACUUCCUUGUUUAUAAUUUCAUUAGCUAAGACUAGAUUUGUACAACUGCAAAGUAGAGUUAAUGAGCCCGUCUCUUUCACCGGGGGCUAUUUUAUAAAAUGUGGUCAGUGCUGUUAUUGCAUUAUUUUCUGCUUUAAUGUGUUAAUGUAAAUUUGACUUAGUAGCAUACCAGGUGUGUAUUUGGUAUGUGAAUUGUUUUUAAAAAGUUAAUUCUUAAAGUUAAAUUCUGAAAUUGAUUGUAACAUUUAAAAGGGGUAAAAAUAAGAACUAUGACUCUAGAUCUUUAUUCAUACAACCUUCAGCAUAUUCUAGCAAAUAUACUCAUUUCUUGCAGACUGAUGACAGAUUUAGUUAAAAAAACCCUUAAUGCCGAGACUGAAUAAGCAGGAGUAGAAAAUGUGUGUUAAGCUACAUGUUCCUAAGCUAAUUUCUAGCACUUUUUAUCAAUGAUUAUGCCAACUAUGGCUGUUCAGCAACAUCUGAAAGGUUGUAAUUUUUAUGGAGGAAAUGUAGGAGGUAAUGUAAUGCUGCUAUGAACUAAUAUUUUAAAAUUAUUUUUGCACCUGUUCAUGGAAGCACACUGCUGAAACUAGCUUUGAAAGUGUUGGAGGAGACUGCAGGUUGGGUAGACUGUCUGACAACUGCAAUUCUUGCACUAAACAAUGUUGAACCAAGCCUGUUCAAAUAAAUAUUUUUCUGUAUUAAACAUUCUUUGGUAUGUAUCUGCAAUAGCAGGGGUGAAAUCCAGCAGGUUCUGACAGGUUCUGGAGAACCAGUAGUGGAAAUUUUGAGUAGUUCGGAGAACCGGCAAAUACCACCUCUUGCUGGUUCCAGAGUGGGGAGGGAAUGGGGAUUUUGCAGUAUCUUUCCCCCGCCACAUUUACCAAGCCACACCAUGCCCACAGAACCGGUAGUAAAAAAAUUUGGAUUUCACCACUGCAAUAGUGAAUGUCUUUUUACAAAAUUUAUACACCGUCCCAAUCAAUCGUCUCUGGUUAAGCAUAAAAAGUGGACCUGCUAGUUCCACUUUGGAAUCCUUUAUGAU